AUGAUGCCAGGACGGCAAGUGUCUCGUUUCGAACCCGGCCACCUAAGCGGCUAUGAGCUCCUGGCAUCUCGACUGUCUGGUGGGCAGGAGUCGGAACUGCCUAUCCCGCUUAUAUAUCGACGAUUCAAACAACUUCACAACCGCAUCCUUCUGGAGUUGCAAGACGACAUCGUUGUUCUGGAGGAGAGACUGCGGUAUCUUGAUGAGCAAGACAGCAUCAACCGUGGGUACAGAGACGGCGGGGUCAGACCGGCCUCUCGCCGACAGGACAAAUUGGAGCCAAACGAAGUGACGACUGCCCGGAAGCUACUUCUAGAACAAAUUGCGCAAAAGAUGUAUCAGUUCAGUACGCAGUUGGAUGGGUACAAGAAGGUGUGCGAGUUUCGAGAUGCCAUGCCAGAGGAUGUCCACGACUACAGAUCCUUCCUUGCUGCCCAUGCCCCGGUGAUCCCGGACGAGAUACGGUUCCUCGACAAGACCAAUGAUUUGCUGUGUCUCCCUGACGCUCCGUACUACGUCGACGAGGAAAGCGUCAGCGGCCACCAGACACCGGCCCCGCGUACGCCGCGCCUGCUCGAAGCGCCGAUGGCCCCUAGUACUAUUAGUAUGAGUGCUCUGGACCAGCAAGCACGGGAGUACACGGGCGCGCCGCCGCGGGGCGCCGGCCAUGCUAGGCGAAUGUCGCGACCGCUGAACCAGGCCAAGCUGCGGCACAUGGCCGUGGGCAUAUGCAUGGCAAUUAUUCUCCCGAUUCUCAGCUUCCCCGUCAUCUCCGGGUUCGUGAGCCGCAUAACGGUGGUGGCGCUCGUGGGACUGGGCAUGGCGGUGGUGGGCGUUCAGUCGGGCGCAUAUGAUGUGCUGACGGGACGGGCGAGUGCUAUCGAUGGGGCCAUUGCAUUGGGGAUAUACGUGGGAUUUAUGGCGAUUGUCGCUGCUACAUUUGGUUGA